AUGUCCCCAGAAUCUAGAAAAGGGGCCACAGCAGCCCUGGAGUUGGGAUACUGGCUGGUGCUUGUGAGCGCCAUAGCCCAGGUUUCCCAGGCAGCUGCAGACUUGAAACAGUUCUGUCUGCAGAAUGCUCAACAUGACCCUCUGCUGACCGGAGUGUCUUCCAGCACAAAUCCCUUCAGACCCCAGAAAGUCUGCUCCUUUUUGUAGUCUGCUAUCUUGAGGUUUCUUAAACCAGUGGCUAUUGAAGAGAACUAGAUCUGGAGUCUGUACAGAAGCUUCUCUAACGCGUGCCAUAAUACAGUCUUUACUUGUCAAUCCUUAACGUCUACCUCUCUGAAUCUUCAUGGAUUUCUGUUUCACAAGGUUUAACUAUUUUAUAUACACUGGCUGUAGCGUACAAUAAAACAGCAUACAAAUUUC